AAAGGGAAGGGGGAGCGAGCGAGAAGGAGCGGAGGACGGAGAGGGAAGCAGAGAGCGCGUGUCGACGCGUUGGUUGCUCAGCUGUUUUGAAGAGUCGACGACGCAGCGAGCGACUGGCCGUGACUCGGCGCGAGACCACUGCAUCCACGUCCAAACGCAAACAGAUGUGGAGUGACUGUCCAGAUCUCUGACAUUGACGUAUCUCGGCCACGAGUGUCGUCGCGCGAGCACGGUAGCCCCUUUGCGUGUACGCGGAGGCGCGACGGCGACGGCGAGGAAGGCGAGCGCGCAGUCGAGCGGUCCGAGGCCGCCGCGUAGCAGCACCGAGCCGAGUCUUCGCGGACGGAAACGUCGUCGGUCGUCGAGCGGGCGGGCGGAAUAAAGAGCCCCACACAUACGUACACGCGCGAGCACACGAUCGCCAUGAGCGAGCUGAGCCAGGAAGAAAUGAGGAGAAGGCGGUUAGCCCGCUUAGAGGGCUUGAACAAUAGUAAUGCAGCUGCCAGUUCGUCGAGUGCUAUUGCUCCAACUUCCCCGAAUACUCCGGAGUCAUCAAAAGCAUUUACGGAAUCGAUAUCUCCAUCUAUUCAACAAUUACAGCGCGUCGAGGUGCCAAUGGAGAUAGAAGAGAGCAACGAUAAACAGUGUAAUAUUACUGAGAUGGAUAAUUCAGGGAUUGAAAGCAUGGAGGUUGACGAAUCAGAUAGGAAAGAUUCAAUAUCAAGAUCACGCACGACGAGUUCUAGCAUAGAAGUUACAACAGAUCAUAUACAUGCUGUCAUAUCACGUGUCCUACGCAUAUCGUGGAAAACCCCCGUCGAAGGAAGUGUAUUCUUACCGCAAACAGCAGCGUACACGCUGACGCAAAGACAACUGGAUUUUAGUGAAAUUAUCAACCAGGCCUUGAUGGAGGUUUUAUGUAUGUUCUCGAAAGGGGAGGAUCCCUUUAAGGAUAUCGCGGUAGACAUGUCGUCCGAUCGACAGGACAGUCCGAAUAACCAAACGAGUCCUCUGCUAAGUCCUGUCGUGGCUCUUCCAUCUUACCAAUUACCGACUAUGCCAUUGCCUAUAGGUAGCAAAUCGUCGCAACCGAAAAGUUUAACUUACUUGUUAGACUGCUAUUCAAAAGUUGCAGUAGAAGAGAGAAAUCACCCAAAGCGAUCCAGCGUACCUCCUUUCUCUGACGUACUGACGGUUUUAAAAAUACAAUGUGUUCAGUACUCCAGCCUCGUCCUACAAGGAUUGGUUGGCAUUUGCCAAGCUUCAGUCAUCCCCAUGUGCACCACGUAUCUCCUCUAUCCGAUAUUGUCGCAAAGCUUGCCUCGAAGUUAUCUUCACGAGCUCGUGGCUAGGACACACACUAAUCCAAAUACUUUCAAUAAGAUAUUCACCCCGGUCUUGCAAGGCCUGUAUCUUUCGAUGCAACAGGCGAGUUUGGUCGGCAACACGCACAGAAGACCGAUCGAAGCGCUAGAGGAACUGAUAGAAAUUCGCUGCGGCCCAAGCGGCAACAUACGUCCGAUAUGCCGUCUAAUUACGAAUCAAGUGCAAUUCUUGCCCGAUAUUAUGACGUCAGCCGCGGGUAGAGAACUUACGAGGACCUCGUUUUUGGGGCCGUUUCUCUCUGUGUCGGUAUUUGCUGAGGAACAACCAAAGGUGGCGGAGAAAUUCUUCAGCGGAAAUCCCGUUACGGAUAAAUCGGUGAAUCUGUCCCUGCAACAAGAGUUGGAAAGUACCAGAACUUCAUUACACAAGAUGUUUCACGCGAUACUUGCGAACAGCAACUGCCGUGAUGCUACUUUAACGUAUCUAGCUACAUUAUUGCGUCACAAUGAGAAACGCGCGCAAAUACAGACCGAGGAGUUCUCUCUGGCCGGGGAUGGAUUUAUGUUGAAUUUACUAUCGGUCUUGCAAAUGCUCUCUGUGAAAAUCAAACUGGACACCAUAGACCCUUUAUAUCCGUUUCAUCCCUCCAGCUUCGUCGAGGUAAAGAACGACACAAGACUGAAACUUUCCUCGCAAGAAGUCGCGGAAUGGCAGAAGCAUCUGGAGAAGACGCAUAAGUGGACGGAAUCGAAAUUUCCGACUCAGUGUUGGUUCUUGACGUUGCAUUGCCAUCACAUCGCGCUGUUACCGGCGUUACAAAAGUAUCAGAGAAAAUUGCGGGCGUUACGUGAUUUACAGAAGAUGCUCGACGAACUGCAAGCCACGGAACCUCAAUGGAAGGAUAGCCCCUUCGCGGAACAUAACAAAGACUUGAUUAAACAAUGGAAACAGCAGUUGAAGCGAUUAGUUAAAUCUAAAUCGUGCGCGGACGCGGGUUUGAUAGACCCUGUCUUUUUAAGGAGGUGCUUACAUUUUUAUAUAUCUGUGGCCGAGGUUUUGUUGAGUCUUCUGACACAGACUGCACCAGGUAACCCUCUUCCUAAACUUCCACUUCCUCAGGAAGUUACGUGCAAGUUUACCGCGUUACCGGAAUGGUAUGUGGAAGAUAUAGCGGAAUUCUUAUUGUUCACACUCCAGUUCUGUCCUGGAGUAGUGGCAAGUAAUAUGGACAACUCACUUAUCACAUGGUUACUGGUCGUCGUGUGUACGCCACAUUGUAUACGAAAUCCGUAUCUAAUCGCAAAAAUCAUCGAGGUUCUUUUUGUAAUAAAUCCUAGUGUUCAGGGAAGAACGGAGACUCUCCAUGAUAAAGUCAUGGCGCAUCCUAUAUCCAAAACACUUCUAGCAUCGUAUCUCAUGAAGUUUUACACCGACGUUGAAACCACUGGCUCUAGUUCCGAAUUUUAUGACAAGUUUUCAAUACGUUAUCACAUAAGUCUAAUUUUGAAAUCGAUGUGGGAUAGUCCAGUACAUCGAGCAUCUAUCGUCAAUGAGAGCAAUAAUGGCAAGCAAUUCGUUAAAUUUGUCAACAUGUUGAUGAACGACACCACUUUCCUACUCGAUGAAAGCUUGGAAUCUCUGAAGCGCAUACACGAGGUGCAGGAACUCAUGUCGGAUACUAGCGCGUGGGGCGCACUCUCUCAGGAACAGCAGCAAUCGAGGACUAGACAGCUGGCAGCGGACGAGAGACAAGCCAGAUCUUAUCUUACACUAGCCAAGGAAACAGUUGCCAUGUUUCAUUAUCUAACGGUCGACAUUAAGGAGCCAUUCCUACGACCAGAAUUAGUCGGGCGAUUGUGUGCCAUGCUGAAUUUCAAUUUGCAACAGUUGUGUGGACCUAAGUGCAAAAAUUUAAGAGUGAGAAAACCACAGAAGUACGGGUGGCAACCAAGGAUGUUACUCAGCCAAUUGGUUGAUAUAUAUUUGCAUCUUGACUGUGAUAAUUUCGCGGCUGCUUUAGCCAGUGAUGAACGUUCGUUCUGUAAGGAGCUAUUUGCGGACGCUGCGAGCAGAUUACAAAGAUCUGCGAUCAAAACUCCUACAGAAAUAGAGAGAUUCAUAGCGCUUGCGGAGCGCGCGGCGAUAAUCGCGAGAGAUAAUCGUGCGCGCGACGCAGACUACGGUGACGCUCCUGAGGAGUUCCGAGAUCCGUUGAUGGACACUCUUAUGGAAGAUCCUGUUAAACUACCAUCCGGUAUUGUUAUGGACAAGGCAGUUAUCAUUAGACACUUACUCAAUAGUGCCACAGAUCCUUUCAGUCGGCAGCCACUUAGCGAAGACAUGCUUACACCAAUGCUUGACUUGAAAGAAAGGAUAUCUGUGUGGAAGCAACAAAAGAAAAAAUCAACAAAUAUAUAAACGGUGCUAAUGUGACAAGAAUUCUGACAAGAAGUAAAAAUAAAAAUAAAAAGAAAGAGUUCAGCAUCCAACAUAGAGAGAGACAGAGAAAGAGAAAGAAAGAUAGCAUACAAUCCAACAUAAUUGUCAAUAUUGCACGAUAUAUUCUGCCAGAAAAAUGCAUCGAUCCACAGUGCAGUUGAUGAAUAUAGUGCAAUGAUCUCGCUAUUGUGCAACAAUUGCGCUCAAUAAAUUUACAGUUUUUAUACAAUAAAACAUUAACACAGACUGCAGCUAGCGAACUGCCAAUAUAUUGCUCCAAACAUACUUUAGAAAGUUGUAAAUAAUUACUGGCUAUAUGUCAGUAUCCAAAAUUACACCAUUCAUAAAUAAGCUACAUUACUUUUUACGUCUUUCGAUGUAUGUGGCAGCGGGUAAGUUUCACAUCCCGCGAAAAUAGAAUGUUACAUAGUAUAAACUAGUAAUAUGAAUGACUACUAUAUACUUCUACGAACUCGACAUUUAAAAAUAAAAUGACAUUGACAUGAAAUUUAUGCAUAAGAUUUAUAAUUUAAUGAUUUCAAUAAUGUUCUGCUAUUUAAAAUGUCAUAUGUGAAAUUAUGAUAUAUUAUUUGGUAAUCCUCACGCACAGAAUGAGUUAAAAAUAGGCAAUCAAUUACAAGUUAUAGUUAAAAUCAUGAAUUUAUUUUGCAUUUUUUUUGCUAAAAAUACAAGAACAUGUUUUGAUUUGUAUUGUAUAUAUACAUAUAUGAUAAUUCAGAUAUUACUUCUUGGCUUUAUUUUGUAAAGAAGAUACAAUGUAUAUGUUUUUUUACAGAUAAAUCUUAUAUCAAGUCUAUUAGUUUCAAACAUAUUUUAAAUUACACAUGCUUUGUUUUUAAUAUGAAUAUUAUUUUACUUUGAAUAUAAGUUUCUCUGAUGUAACUAUUUUAUCAUAACUUUAUUAUGUACAUAUAUGCACAAAGAUAUCUUUGUUUGCUGAUUUUUAUUAACAAAAUAAUGCAUAUAUGUAUAUGUGUGUGGUUAUGUAAGUAUAUACAUACAUUUAUCUUUUCUUUCUCAAAUUUCUUCUUUACAUCAUCAUUCAUUAAUCGUUAUUUUAUAUUUGCAUAUUCUAUGCAAUAGAUAAAUAUAUAUAUAUAUUUAUAAAACAUUCCAAAGAAAUUACAACAUUUAAAAUACAUAAGGUUUUGCAUUAAUUCUAAAUUAUUGAUUGAAGAUUUAACAUGCCAUGUCAAUUUAUAAUUAAUUCAUAUUAUUUUUUUUUUAAGUAAUAGCUGCAUUUAUAGUGUCACAUUUAUUUUGAUAAUUAUCAUAUUUGAUAAUUCACAUAUUUUUCCUUUAAUAAUGCCACACACUAAUAAUAUUAGAACAUGUUCUAUCAUCAAAUGCAAAUAUCAUUUUAUAUAUUUCAUAUUUAACAUAUACAUCAUGGUAUUAAAUAACAGAUCUUGAUUAAAAUAAUCGAGAAUAGUUACUGACAUCAUGUUCGUCAUUAAAUAUCGACAAAGGUUUCAUAUUGUAUAUGAUUCGAGUAUCAAAAUUAAUCCUAACAUUUACAUUUCUAAACAAAUUAUGUCUAAAAAACAGUAACUAUUGUUCAAAGAUACAAGCUAUAUAUCAUUUGUCAUACUUUUGUGCAAUGUAUCCUUCUACCUAGGAAGACGAAAAGACUUGACACAAAAUUCAGGAAUUUUGAGACAGUGUAUUCAGAACUACAUUAGAUAGCAAUCUUUUUGGUAUAUUUUGUGAAAUAAUUAAAACUGGGGAAGAGGGGCGCGCACAUACAUUCAUACAUACACACAAAUACACACACAUGCACACACUCGUACGCGCGCGUAUACGUGUACACACACAGUUGAAGUAUUUAAUAAUAUAUUAAUAAAAUGCGAUAUACGCUAUUUGUACAUAUAGAUUAAAAAAUAAAUUGUCCAAUACUAUUGACAUUUGAUAUUGUUUUUUAUGUGUAUAUAUUUGAGUGUGUAUGUAUAUGUGCGCGUGUAUAUAUGCAUGUAUAUAUAUGCGUAUCCAUACAUAUGCACUAAUGUAAUGUUCUCAUUCAUGAAAAAUUCACUUAAAAAAAUACUUGUAAAUACUAGGAUCGAUGUAAAGUAUAAAAAUAAACAAAAUUUAUGUGAAAUAAAGGCAUUUGAGCGGAACGCAAGAAAAACCUUAUUAUUUAUUAAUACAAAAAUCAUUGUUUUUUCAUCUUUUUAGAAAUAAAAGAGUUUAUUAGAUUUUGAUUUUUUAAAUUGAUUUUUCCUUUGCGAUCUCACUCCAUUAUAUAAUAAUAUUCUACAGAUUCUGUAUUAUAUGAUAAAUUACUGAGAGUUUCUAUGUAGCUAGAUAUUGGUAUUUUGCAGUCCAGUGUGCUGACAACAUUCAUAUUCAUAACUUAUAAUUACAGUUAACAUCAUCAUGGUUCCAUAUUUCCUCCAACUGAUUCCAUUAUUGAUUUAUUAAUAUGAUAUUCAAUAGAAUUUUUGCAUUUCUCAACUUCCCCAAUAGCUGUUGUAGUCGUCAUUU